AUGGACACGAUCGCGAUGCUCAGUAUGCGAUCAGAACUGGACCGAGCAAGACGUCCAGGAAAAGGAACGUUGCCCGCGAUAUCUGUGGACAUUUGUGUGCGGAAUUUCGGACUGUUUGUGUCAAGUGUUUAAGUGUACUGUAAACAGAUUAACCUUCCAAACAGUGUGACAGAUUAGAGAAGAUAAGGGCAACCGAUCGUUGCGUCUGGAGAUCAGUGAGCCAAAGGGUGGCAAAAAUGCGGCAACGCAUUUGGAACCGUACGUCGAUGGUGCUGCUGGCGCUGAUAGUGCUGAUCGGUGGCUGGUGCAAUGUGCUGGUGCUUGGUAUCUACGAUCCACGAACGGCACCGCACAGCAGACAUCAUGUGCACAUGAUGCCGGAGAUGCACGGCGCAUACAGCCAGGUCCAUCACCACCGGGCACAACAAGAACCGACGCCCCAGCAGUACGUACAAACGGAACACUACCAGUACGAGCAGCCACAGAAGCAACAUCCAGCGCUGAUAGGACCACAGCAACAUGGUCCUUCCGGUCCGCAGUACCAGCCGGGCACCGUUCCACUUGCACCGUACCCAGCAGACGUUCAGCGAUCCCCAGCGUAUGGACGGGCCCAAGCAUACACCCUGCAGCCAGCCUUGGUUCCUUUGGCUCCUCGCUUUGCUUACGGCGAAGAAGAUCGCUUGAUCGCAGAAACGGCUCCGGCCAAGAUUGUUCGCCCACCGGUACACGCACUGCUGAAAGACUUCAAUGGGCUGGAGUGUCCCGAAGGAAGGACGGGCCACUUCCCGUACGUGAUGGAUUGCCGUCAGUUUCUGAGCUGCUGGAAGGGCCGUGGCUUCAUCUUGAACUGUGCCCCGGGAACGCUGUUCAAUCCGGCCACGCGUGAGUGUGACCAUCCGUCCAAGGUGUCCUGUUUGCCGGUGCCAUCGUUGAACAGUGUCAGUGAGCCAGCUAAUCGUCCUCCACCGAAACUGGCCGCCUAUACCGAUCAGAGACAGCAGCCGCAACCGCAACGCCAAGAGGCACCGCAGCAGGAGGAGCUUAGUUGCCCGCCGGGUGUAAUUGGACUGCGUCCACAUCCGACCGAUUGUCGCAAGUUCCUCAACUGCAACAAUGGGGCCCGGUUCGUGCAGGAAUGUGGUCCCGGUACGGCGUUCAAUCCACUCAUCCUAACCUGUGACCAUCUGCGCAACGUCGAUUGUGACAAGUCGGCGAAUGUGAUCGUAGACUACGAUCGUCCGUCGGUGCCUUUCGUCCCGAACCCAACGUACUAUCAACCGUCGCAUAUUCCUGCCGGUUCACAGCCCGUUCCAGCAUUCGUCGCCCCGCAGGUUCCAACCCACCAGCACCAACAGACGCCUAGUGCCGGGCAGAAACCGCAACAACCGGCUUACUAUCCAUCGCAAGGUCCAGCAGGUUCACAGCCACCUCAAGGAGGUGUUAGGCCACAGGUUCCUAGCCACCAGCAAUCGCCCAACGCAGGUCAGAAACCGCUUCACUCCGACGUGGAGGAGCUAAAUCCGCAACCAACCAACCCAACAGUGGACGUGGAAUAUGAGGAGAUCGAUGCUGAUCAUGAUGCCGUCUACGAUGGGUUCGAUCUCCGGUCCAACUUUGGAGCACCGGAGGUCGAUCGCCGACAGCCGAAAGCGUCAAAACCAACCGAGAAACCGUACCCGAUCUACGUAAGACCUCCUCCGACCAAGCAGCCUCAAUCGCUGCACCGCGAUGCGGAGCUGGUCCAGAGUGUUCAGCGACCCGUGUACCUUGCACCGACGACUACGGCCCGCCCACCAGGAACGCCUUAUCCGACGGUGCGCAAGGAAGAUAUCGACAUCCAGCAGCAUCUCGACGCGCUCAAACUCAUGCUGACACCGUACAUGAAGGAACACAAGCAGGCGGUCCCGCUUAAUGCGACGAAGCUUAGCACCAUGAUGACCACAACGACGACGACGACCGAGGCACCGCCGAUUGUGCAGGUCGUUGGGCUUCCAGAGCCUGUGCCGCGGAACCCCACUGACCGGUCCUCCUCUGCCGCGCCUUACGUCCUACCGACACCGAGUGAGGUGAACGAGUUUUUCUACGGCGCAUCGGAACCGGUUCCGUUGGCAGCUUGGCCAUUGCCGCCACCGUACAUCACCGAACCGGCCGAAGGAACCCUCAACCGACAGCAUGCCUCAGCGCCAGAGUCCGCCGUCUAUCCCAUCUACCGGAGGACAACGUCCACGAGCACGACUACCACGACCACUGUGAAACCUGCGCCAUCGAUUCGUAGCCGGUUUGGUGACAACCGUCCGAACCCGUGGCGACCGAUGAAUGUUCCGCAUGUAACGACCACGAAAACAACCACACCUCCGACCACCACCACCACCACCACCACCCAAGAUCCGUGCUAUGGGAAGUUCGUCUGCGGGAACGGAGUUUGCAUCGAUGAGGCGGAAGUGUGCGACGGACGGGACGGAUGUGGCAACCGUGCCGAUGAGCUGGUGUGCGACCACAUCGGGUACGAGCUGAAGCUGUCCAAGAAGGCACAGGGCAGUGUGGAGGUGCGUGCCUUCGAUCGCUGGGGUUACGUGUGUGACGAUGGGUUCACGAUCGAGGCGGCCAACGUUGUGUGCCGCGAGCUAGGCUUCGCUGGUGGUGCGAUCGAGAUAAAGCCACACUCGUACUUCCCACCGAACGCUACCGAUCCGGACGCGUCGGACGAACAGACCGACGGGCCCUUCUUCAUGAUGGAUGCGGUGCGCUGUCAGGGCAAUGAAAGUUCACUGCGUGACUGUACGUUCAACGGGUGGGGCGUGAGCGAUUGCAACCGGGAGGAGGUAGUUGGUGUCGUGUGCCGAACACCGGUCAUGUCCUGUCCGCAGGACUACUGGCUGUGUCACGCGUCGGAAGAGUGCGUCCCGGUGCAGUUCCUGUGCGAUAAUGUGCGCGAUUGUGCGGACGGGUCGGAUGAAUCGCCGGACCAUUGUAAGGCACCGCUGCAGGUCCGACUGAUGGGAGGUCCGUCCGAUCGUGAGGGUCGGGUCGAGAUCAACUACCACGGUACGUGGGGGACGGUGUGUGACGAUGAUUUUGGUGUGCGAGAGGCACGCGUCAUCUGCCGGCAGCUUGGAUUCAAUGGGACGGCCGAGGUAAGGAAAAGCGUCUACCCACCAGGAACCGGGCAGAUCUGGCUCGAUCAGGUGGCGUGCAACGGUUCGGAACCGUCGAUCGAGGACUGUGUGCAUUGGCACUGGGGUGAACACAACUGUGGCCACACGGAGGACGUAGGGGUACGGUGCGGGGUGUACGUGCCGACGAAACCGCGCGCCGCCCGGCUGAGAGCUACGAGGCCCAACCCAAGGUUCGAUUUCGUGGAACGAUCGCGCAAAAUUCAUCCGGACUCGUGUGGGCGCGUUUUGGUGGAUCCGACGCUCCGGCAACCGACGUACGGUGCGCGGGUUGUGCACGGCUCGGAAACGGUUUACGGCCACCAUCCGUGGCAGGCGUCGUUGCGCGUGAAGACACUGCACUGGUGUGGGGCGGUGUUGAUCACGCGGUACCACGUGCUGACGGCGGCCCACUGCUUGAUCGGCUAUCCGAAGAGUACGUACCGGGUGCGGAUCGGGGACUAUCAUACGGCGGCGUACGAUAAGGCGGAGCUGGACAUCUUCAUCGAGAACACGUACAUCCACGAGCAGUUCCGGGAGGGUCAUCAUAUGAGCAACGAUAUUGCGGUCGUGGUGCUGAAGACGCCGGUACGGUUUAAUGACUACGUGCAGCCGAUCUGCCUGCCGGAACAGGAUGCAGCGUACGAACCGGGCAAGAACUGUACCAUCUCUGGCUGGGGUGCAACGGAGACCGGAUCGAAGGAUUCAUCGUACGAUCUGCGCGCCGGGACGGUUCCUCUACUUCCGGACAGUGUGUGCCGAAGGCCGGAGGUUUACGGGGAUUCGUUGAUCGACGGUAUGUUCUGUGCUGGAACGCUGGAGCCCGGUGUCGAUUCGUGCGACGGUGAUUCCGGUGGUCCGUUGGUGUGUCCGAGCGGUGAUGGACUGCACACCUUAACCGGCAUUGUGUCGUGGGGAAAGCACUGCGGAUACGCGAACAAACCGGGCGUCUACUUGAAGGUGGCACACUAUCGAGACUGGAUUGAGGCCAAGCUUAAUCAAUCCCUCCAUCAGUACGGUGUGUAAGCCGCUCGCGCUUAAUGGCUAGAGGAUGAAAACUGUACAAGGUAACAGGUAGUUUGGUAUAAAAACAAGACAAACAGUAGCAAACAGUCGCUGCAAAUGACCCUUUGAAAAGCAACAUGGCGUCAUGUAUGAUGUACCUUAAAUCCUUUCUUCCGAUCCGAUUGCAUUUCCAACAGCUUCUUCUCUUACUAGGUUUAGUGAUAUUGUUAUAACAUUGUGUGUUUUGAAAUACUAGGAUAGAAGUUUAGUAACGUAAGCAUUGGAGGGAAUUGGAACUGCGUUGAGGCGAUGGGAUAUUGCCCCAAUUGGGAUUCGGCGAUGAGCAGAAUAAAAAGCUAUUACAGAACUCGGGUUAAGAGCUAUUAGUCGAGAUACGGAUAUAACGAUAAAUCCACAUCAAUUUUGGAUUGGACACUUGUGAGUGUCUGAUGCCCCUUUGUCGAUUCCGGAAUCCUUAACCAAGCUCCUAUCUGACUGAGAACUAUCUCCAGAUGAGCAGAGACGAUGAUGGGGCCUUAUCAUCCACAGCUGGCCCAUUUUCUGUACUUUGAAAACGAAUAAAUCAGGCUUGAUACAUCGCAGGGAAAAGCACUACAACUCCUUCUGUUUUCUCAAUGCUUACGCUACUAAACUACCCUACCAGCGCGGUUUGUUUUAUAA